CUCCAAGCCCAGAAAGAUCUAGCAAAGGAAAAGCUAUCUGAACAACAACAAAGGUGUCACCAGCUAUUCCGCCUCACAACCAACAACAAGGACGCCACUUACGAGUGGUACAAAGACCGAGUGGAAGAAAGAGUUGAAGGUACAUGCAUGUGGCUCCUCAAACACGACCACUUCCAGACGUGGUUGAACCAAGAGUCUGGCCCCCUGCUGGUCUCGGCGGAUCCUGGCUGCGGAAAGUCAGUGCUGGCCAAGUACCUGAUAGACCAUUGGCUGCCACGAUCAACGACUAUCUGUUACUUCUUUUUCAAAGACCAAGACCAGAACACCGUUCGGCAAGCACUUUGCGCCCUGCUUCACCAGCUCUUUUCUCUGAAGCCGUCUCUGAUCGAACAUGCUAUGCCACAAUUCCGUAAGGAUGGACAAGGUCUUAUUAACUCUACAGAAUCGCUUUGGAAGAUUCUGCGAAACGCUAUGAAAGAUCCUCAGGCAGGAUCUGUAAUCAUAGUCCUAGAUGCCCUAGACGAAUGCGCCGAAUCGGAAUUUGCGGACCUGAUGCGGAAUGUGGAGAGCCAAUUCCGCGGCGACCAGUUGGGCUAUGGCAAGUUGAGGUAUCUUCUAACAUGCCGGCCGUAUGACCAGACUUUGUCCAAGUUCCGCGUCCUAUUACAUGCCUUUCCAAAUAUCCACAUACCAGGAGAGGAGGAGUCAGAAACGAUUAGUCAAGAGGUAAAUCACGUCAUUGGGCGCCGGGUCAAUCAACUGGCCAUGGAGAAGCGCUUAACAACCGAAAUUAAGAACCACCUGGAGAAGAAACUACAGGAGGCUACCCAUCGCACGUAUCUCUGGGUACACCUUGUGUUUGACUACUUGCAGAAACACGGCUUUAAAAAGACACUCAAGGGGAUCGAGUCCGUUGUUGCAACACUUCCACGGAGUAUCAAUGAGGCGUAUGAGCAAAUUCUUAGUAAGGCUAAUGAUGAUCCGAUGAUUCGAAAAGCCUUGAGUAUUAUAUUGGCGGCAAGCCGGCCACUAACCCUGUCGGAAAUGAACGUUGCUGUUAAUAUCGACGACGAAUCCCAGUCUAUCGACGACCUCGACUUGGAGGAUGAUGAGGACUUCAAGACGCGUCUCAGAUCUUGGUGUGGGCUGUUCAUCUCAAUCCAUCGAGGCAGUAUUUACUUCAUUCACCAAACGGCUCGCGAAUUUCUCCUCGCAGAUUCGGCAUCGCCCAAGACCGUUUCGUCAGAGCUGCACUGGCAUCAAUCCAUAACUACCCGCCACGCACACGCCGUUCUUGCGAAGCUCUGCGUGCUCUAUUUGAACUCUUUCAACUCAAGCGUUGGUUUGCUGGCGGGUUUGGACGGAGAAGUCGGCCGCUGUGCUGACAGACACCCAUUCUUGGAGUACUCGGCCGAAACUUGGGGCGCGCACUUCCGCAAGGCUGAGUUCAUCGACGAUAACAGUAUUAUACCUUUCGCUCUGGGAAUCUGUGAUACGGGUUCGAAGAGCUACUCGGUAUGG